CAACUUUCAAGUUCACCUUAGUAGAAAGACGAGAGGUCCAAGAUGCAUUUAAUUAAUGCCAUGGUGGCGACGAGGAUGUUGACGAUGAUAGGUCAGUCAAGCGGCCUCGCGGAGGGCAUUUCGUUUGGCUCCGUCUGGUGGUUCGUCUAUGCUGGAGUUUCUUGCUGCUUGGUGCUUUUUGCUGGUAUUAUGUCUGGUUUAACCUUAGGUCUCAUGUCUCUUGGACUCGUCGACCUUGAAAUUCUCCAACGCAGCGGUACUCCCACAGAGAAGAAACAAGCAGCUAGUAUUCUUCCGGUGGUUCAAAAACAACACCAACUUCUUGUAACUUUACUACUGUGUAAUGCAGUGGCCAUGGAGGCCCUUCCUAUAUAUCUGGAUAAGAUUUUCAACCAGUAUGUUGCUAUAAUACUGUCUGUGACUUUUGUUCUGUUUUUUGGUCAGGUUAUUCCGCAAGCAAUAUGUACAAGAUAUGGUCUUGCUGUAGGUGCAAAUUUUGUGUGGCUUGUACGAAUUUUAAUGGUUAUUUGUUAUCCAAUAUCUUAUCCCAUUGGGAAGAUUUUGGACUUUGUAUUGGGACAUAAUGAAGCUCUAUUUAGGCGAGCUCAGUUAAAAGCUCUUGUCUCAAUCCACAGCCAGGAGGCUGGUAAGGGAGGUGAACUAACACAUGAUGAGACAACAAUUAUCAGCGGUGCCCUAGAUUUGACUGAAAAGACUGCAGAGGAGGCUAUGACACCUAUUGAAUCAACUUUUUCCUUGGAUGUCAAUUCAAAGUUGGACUGGGAAGCAAUGGGUAAAAUUCUUGCUCGGGGUCAUAGCCGGGUACCUGUCUAUUCCGGGAAUCCAAAAAAUAUUAUUGGACUUCUGCUGGUGAAAAGUCUUCUCACUGUGAGACCUGAAACAGAGACUCCAGUUAGUGCUGUUUCCAUCCGAAGAAUUCCAAGGGUACCAUCAGAUAUGCCACUUUAUGAUAUAUUGAACGAAUUUCAGAAGGGUAGCAGUCAUAUGGCGGCAGUCGUGAAAGCUAAAGGAAAAAGCAAGACUCUUCCACCAAUGAUUGAUGGAGAAAAUAAAGUGGAGGGUGGGGAUUCCGAACUGACUACUCCUUUGCUUACCAAGCAGGAUGAAAAGACAGAAAAUGUUGUCAUCGAUAUUGACAGGCCUUCGAAGCCUGACAAUUUGAUUCGACAAACCUCUUCACAACGUAGUGAUGUGGCAACAAAAGGAUUGGCAUAUGCAUCUGAGGAUAUUGAAGAUGGUGAAGUGAUUGGAAUCAUUACCCUGGAAGACGUAUUUGAAGAACUUUUGCAGGAGGAGAUUGUGGAUGAGACGGAUGAAUUUGUUGAUGUACAUAAAAGAAUCCGAGUGGCUGCAGCUGCAGCUGCUUCAUCUGUAGCACGAGCUCCAUCAAGUCGCAGGCUAAUUGGCCAAAAAGCAGCUGGAGGCCAAAGUAAGCAAGGGCCUACGACUCCAAAGAAGUCUGCCAAGAAUGAUUCAAACUCGACGAAAGGGGCUCCCUCAUCUUGAGAGCAAUUGUUGUGUCUGUGUUCCAAGUGGUAAUCCGGACACAAAAAACGAACAAUGUAUUUGAAGAUUUAAAUUUCAUUAUUGCAAAUUAUAAGUUUAUUAUGGAUAUGGGGAAAAUUGUAUUCUGAUGUAAUUCGCGGGAAAUGUUAACAUUUACAAUAAGAUCAAGGGGCCCGUAUUGGAAUACCCGAAUGUCGAACUGAAAAUGUUGGUACAAACGAUGCUAAAGAAUCAAUCAAUUGUUGUUUUGAAAAA